AACAUUCGGGAAAUUCCGCACUUCAAACGUAACAGUUGUAGACUCUGUAGGAAAUUGCUAUUUUUUCUCUCUAAAAAUCUAUUUUAGUGCCACGGGAUUAUUGUUACUAAAAUGACAUUAUAAUUAUCUUUUAAUUAGAUAUAAAACAUUGGAUAGUGCAUAUAUGACAGAUUGAGAUUCUUACAUAAUGACACGGAAUUGUGGGAGUUACUAUUGACGGAUUUACUUCUAAGAAUUAGCUAUUAAAUGACAAUACUAUUAAUUGCUUCUUACACAGAAGUUUGUUCUAAUUAAUUAAGUUAUACCCAGUGACAGGCAGAGAGUACGGAAUUAAUAAUUUACACAAAAGGCGUACUAAGCAUGUCAAAUAAAAGAAACAAUUCGCUAAGAAUUUGUUAAACUCUUCAAACAUCAAUCAAUAACAAUAGUGGUGUGUAGCACAAUUCAUAUACUCUAAAUUAGUUGCACUAACUGCUCAGUAGGGUAUAAUUUGCGCUACCACUGCUUAAGCAAUUAUUUGACUGACUGUAUUUUUUAUGCAGCAGUUUGAAAAACGGAUAGGAAUAGCAUAUGGACUGUGAAUCAAAAAGAGAUUGCAUUCAAACAUAUUGUGUAGGAUAUCAUUAUUGGCAAUGUGAAAGUGUCUCUAAAAUUGUUAAGUAUACUUACAUAUACAUUUAUUUUCGCCAUACGAGUUAAGGGAAGUAAACAAAAUAAAAAUAGUAAAGUUGUUAUUGGUAAUCCUUCAAUCGGAUUUGCAGAGGGUUUAGUGACCAGAAUGUUUUGAGUUAUGUGAAGGAAACGAACGUGAAAUAUGAUAAGACAAGAAUUGAUGUAAUAACAUUAGCAUGGGUAAGGGAAGUACACAAGCUUUUAUACUGUUCACGAUAGAGUGAUAAGAUAUAUAGAGAGAUUGCUAUUUUCACUUCCCAGGAAUGAAGAUUUUCUAUUUAGAUCGCUAGGUAAUGAGCCAUUAUUGCGUGACAAAUUAAGGCUCAUUUCCUUACGAAUAUUUAUUAAUAAGAAAACGCGAGCAGUAGAAAAUAGUUUAUUAUAUUUAUAAUAAAGGAUACAACCUUCUUUAAUGCACUAUCAGUGGACAUGAGUGGGUGGAUGUUUUAAAUAAAUCGCUUGCUCGGGAGAUCUUGUCUUAAUCAGUUAUUUCACGUGUCGUCAUGUUGAAAGUGUGUUUAUCUUUAAAUUUCAAAUUUGUAACACAUAAAUAGGACAUUAUGACAUAUAUGGAUUUAUCAAUGUCUCGAUUAUAAGUUUAAAAAGUGAUAGCUGGCAGCAAUUGACAAUUAACAGUUGUAUUUAUUUACAAAGUUGAAGGGAAAUACGGUUGGGUAUAAUUCUUUUAAUUGAAAAUCGGUGGUUUUAAUCGGGCUAUUUUAGGUAUGCAACUGUUUCUAAUUUGAAAUAUGUUCAAGAAUCUAAUUAUUUCAAAGUGGUUUUAAAAAUACCUAUUAUCUACGGAACGUAUCAGAUCAAACACUUACUGGAUUUAAAAGGUAUUUCAAACCAAUAUAAAGGGAUAGUUAGAGCAAUUAUUUUAUUUUAACAAUAAAAAACUAUAAAUAGAACAUUUCAGUGCGUGUGCAGAGAAUAUGGAUUCCGGAUUUAUACUAGUCAUUUUUAAACUGUUUCUAGUAACAGAAAUUUGUAGUCAACAUUACCAUAGGGAACGGACUCAACUUUACCCCAUGUCCGAUAAGUGUGAAAUAGAUCGAACUCAUUUAGGUGACCAUAAGAUUGAUAUGAGGGACGGAACGGAGGUGCAAGGUAUGAAGGUAAAGUUUAAACGUUCGUGUCAUCUACGGGAUGUAGAUGAAUACCGCGGACUGAAAUAUGCCGAGCUUAAUCUUUCAGAUAAAAAGGCAAUACGAUUCCUUCCGAACAGAGACCUUGUCAGGCCAAAACUUAAGAAAGAUAAUAAAGAAAGAUUUGCAACUGAGUUUAAACCUGUUUGUCCUCAAAAACUUAUUGACGAAGUUAGAAAGUCAUGGAAUGGAAUACCUGAAAUAAUUCUCGAAAGGCUUGUAAAAAUUGGAAAGUUUACUGCUAAACAGAUAGAGGCAUGCCUAUGGCUGAACUUGUUUGUUCCAUUUAAAGAAUGGAAUGAGACUGAAAAACUUCCAGUGAUGAUAUUCAUCCAUGGCGAAUCUUACGAAGUUGGUACGGGCAAUGCGUAUGAUGGAAGCGUGCUGGCAAGCUAUGGUGGUGUUAUAGUUAUAACAGUUAACUAUAGGCUUGGAGUUUUAGGGUUUCUACGAACAGGAGACACAAAUGCCGUUGGAAAUUACGCACUCUGGGAUUUAGUUGCCAUCCUGUUUUGGGUUCAACAAAAUAUAGAUCGUUUUGGAGGGGACGCUGGGAGAGUUACAUUAUUUGGUCAUGGUCAUGGCGCUGCAUUAGUUAACUUUCUGUUGUUCACGAAAACUGCAAAAGAAAAAAAUUUAUUCAAUAACGUGAUUCUGCAGAGCGGCUCUGCAUUUAGUACUUGGGCAACAUCAAUCGACCCAGUCAGAUGUGCCAAUCUUCUAGCACGUAAUGUCAACUGCUCACACGCCGUCAAUAAAACAAAAGCACUCGUAGACUGCUUGAGGGAAAGAUCUGUAGAUGAACUUGUGAGAAGUGUCCCGAUGACACCUAAAUACUACACAUGCUUUGCCCCAAGCAUCACACAGGAAGAGGAAGGCGACUUUCCACGAGGGCAUACAUUAGAAUCACUUAUUGAAUCCGGAAAAACACGAUUUGCAAACACAAAAAUUAUGUUCGGUCUCACAAGAAAAGAGGCUUACUCCUAUCUGAAACAGGAAGAAAUAGAAAAAGGUAUUUCUGAAGCCAGAAAGAAACAGAUUCUAAGGACUUAUGUUCAAAAUGUUUACAAGUAUAACAGACAGAAGAUAUAUGAAAUAUUAAAUCUACAGUACACACAAUUUGACAGGCCAUCGGACAAUUACACACGACGAGACGAAAUCAUGGACCUUUUGAGCGAUGGACAAUACAAAGCUCCGCUUGUUAAAAUGGCACUAGAACAUGCUAAGACGGCCGAUACAUAUCUUUAUUCUUUUGCAUAUUCAACUCAGUCUGAGGACUUUGCGCAGUGGUCAGGAGGCGUUCAUGGUGACGAACUGCCGUAUAUAUUUGGUGCACCUUUGGUUGGAGGGGUUUCCCCCUUCCCGACUGCAUACACGCCACAGGAGAAAGAACUAAGUAAAUUUAUGAUGCGAAUGUGGACUAACUUUGCCAAAACUGGUGACCCAAAUUUACCUGAAUGGGAUAAUGCGGCACAGGACAGAGGGGAUUCAGUUUUCUUUACCGGCGAGAGAUGGCCAAAAUACAACGCCAGUUCACAGUCAUAUUUGCAUAUAGGUCGGAAAGGUUCCAAAGUAAAGGAUUUCUACCGUGGAAAAGAAACUGCGCUGUGGCUUAAUCUUAUUCCAAAGUGGAAUUUCCGAGAACCUAAUAGUUCAAAUGCGUCUCAUGAGCUGGAAGAUUCAGAGAAUAUGUCAACAUUCGACGAUCCAACUAGGCUGAUAAAUAAAUUCCUCACAAUAUUUCCAUCGCCACCACCUCCUCCAUUAACCCCACCAUUUUCACCGCAUCAGAGUGAUCCAGAGUAUGUGACACCCAAGGAUGACUUAGAUAACAUUACAUAUGACCUUAUUGAUUCGUCUGAUAAAUCUGACAAAAUAAGUAAGCAGCGUGCUACCCCAACAGCUGCCGGUCCAGUUGUUGGUAAGGCUGAUGAAAGUAAACGUGACGAUUCGUCAAAUAAUGUUCCUUUAAGUAUAGUCAUUGCUGUUGGGGCAGGAAUUUUGUUUAUAAAUAUAUUGAUAUCUGCAGUGACUUAUUUUCAAAGGAAGAGAAUUGCAAAAUUGCGAGAGGCGAAUGCGCAAAAUGUGAAUCACAAUAACGCGGGCAACAUGCCAGACAAUAGAAAUAGUAACGCCUAUCGUGGCAGAGGUGGUACGCCAGAGGCGGGAAAUCUUGUCAACACUUCAGAAAUGAAGCAGCAGCCUAAGGUAGCUUCAAUUAAUCAUAAACAAAUGACAGACAAUUCACCACCGGUUUAUACUGCCAUAUCAAAGCCCGUGGUGCCUCCACAGGGUCCUGGAGGAUAUACGUACAGUGCAUUAUCUCAAAAGACCUCAUCACCUAUGCAUUCUCAAAAUCAAACAACUUCAUUUACAAACGUUAAUCCGUCAGUUGGGCCGCCAUCUGAAAGUGGUGGAAGCCAAGCCUCGUCUCGAGGCAGUGAUAAUAUAAAUAGACCUCAUGGACAUAGUAUGACCCCAGACCGACCGUCUCCAAAAGUAGAUCCAAGAACGAAACAUAUAGGUCGUGCUGGCCAACAAGUGACAUCGAAUAACGCCAUAACUAUAGUAUAGCGUUCACAGAGAAAUCUGUUUGUCUUAGAAAUUGUUCUGGUUGUUUGUUUGAUAAAAUGCACAUUUAAGCAUAUCAUUUGUUCCUAUAGAUAACACUGUAAUACUUAUGUUUUAGCACAUUUAUUCAAAAAGAUGUAAAACCUAACAUUUCAUAUUUUCUCUUUACUUUUAUCAAUAUAUGUUUAGCAUACUAAUGUUCCUAUAAGAAAACAUGUAUUAUUUUAUUUAUAUAGAUUUAUACCGUUAUUUUUAUUGACACCUAAAGAUAUUUCUGUCUCGAUGGAAUAUUUUUUUCAAAACUACAUGAAAACUCGAGUUAUCUGGAAACUUAACCUGACUGUUAUUUUGUUGAUUAUUUAAAUGUACAUGUAAAUGUUUAAGUCAUGCUUAGCAUCCUUUAUUUCUCGUCCUCAGCAUUGAAGGAAAAAGCUCCACAGUUACGUUCUGCUAAGAAUGUCAUUUUUUUAACAAGUUGUACAUAAUGGGCUAAUUUGAGAAAAAUACCUGAAGGUUUUAAACAGUUGGCUAUAAAAAUAAAUAAAUUGUGCUAAAAAUAAAUAAUCAAUUGCAGAGGGAUGAUACUUCAAAUCCAUAAUGAAAUAAAUAUAUUUUUAAAUAGUCUAAACGGAGGAUCAUAUGGAUUUAGCAUGGCGUUUACUGGAUUUUGAAAAUAAAAACGAGGUUUAAUAAACCAGAUGUGAUUCAGUUAUGAUUUAAAUCAGAGCAUCACACGUUAUUAGCGCUUCAAAUUCAUUGCUAACAUAUUAUAAAAUUUUAUUUAAAAGCGCUUUUUUGUAUAUGAAUACACGUAUACAUUUAUGUUUAUUACAUUUAUUUUGGAUAAAAUUUCUAUAAAUCGUUGCUAAACUAACAACUUCAAUAGUCAUGUGUUCAUCGCGCAGUUUACUUGAAUGCAUAGUUACUGUGUAAAUAAAUGAGCCGCGUCAUGACAAAACCAACAAUAAUGGGUUUGCGACCAGCAUGGAUCCAGACCAGCCGGCGCAUCCGCGCAGUCUGAUCAGGAUCCAUGCUGUUCGCUAUCAGUUUCUCUACUUGUAAUAGAGUUGGUAAGCGAACAGCAGGGAUCCUGAUCAGACUGCGCGGAUGCGCAGGCUGGACUGGAUCCAUGCUGGUCGCAAACGCACUAUGUUGGUUUUGUCAUGACGCGGUUCAAAUGGUCUUUUACAUUCCCUUACGAGAUUUUAUCCUCUGUCUAUAGAAAUGUCAUAAGCUGAUCUGAAGUAGAUGUUUCUCACGGACGACAUUAAGGCAAAAAUCAAAACAAACAUACAAUAUUUGAUAAUUAGAUUCACUGUCGAUUAUGUUUUAUGUGUUUGGAACAUUUGUAUGACUUUGCAGAGAUUGUAUUCUUUGGUGCAGUUCGACAAUAAAAGAUACGUGUUUAAGAGGCAAUUUUGCCUUGGUCAUAUUAUAAAAUGGACAAACGACUACCGAGUAGAUAAGCUAUGUGAUUGACAAUUAAGUAAUUGAUAUAUGCUGAUAUAUUAUUUUUUUUGAUACAUUUUAAUCAAAUCAUGUAAAUACCAUAAUUUUAUUAGCACACGUGUUGAAUGAAUAAAUAUUACGCCAGUUGCCUUUUAUAUGGCUUAUUCAGAAAAAAGAAUUACGAACAAACAGAUACGUGUUACAUAUUACAUAUGAUCACUGAGACAAAUGGAGGAGUGUUCGCCUUAUUGGACGAAAGGACGGAGCAAAUCGCUAGUUGUUUGUCCAUUAUAUCAUUUCCCGAAUUGUGCAAAAUAUAAUGAAAUACUUACGAUAAGUUAUAUCCCUUUAGUCCAGUCGAUAUAGGAGCUUGCUGUAUAUCACACAGUUUUUAAGCGUAUUCCUGUAAUGUCUGUUUUGAACCAUAAAGUAUUCAAUCUUUGUAAACAGGUAAAACAUUCAUCCAUUUCUUUGAAAAGUGUGCACAUUUAUUCCUUAAAAUAUUUUUGUUUUCAUUCUCUCAAAAUUGGAUGUAUAUUUUCUUUUUAGAAUUAUUUUCUUACCUGUAUCAUAUUUUAUUUAUAAUAUAGCUAUUAAAUUGGGUAUGACGUUUUGUGAUAUAGAUAUUUUGUACAUGUAUAUCGUUUGUUUGGAGUGAACUUAUAUGUCAUUUUGAAGUAGAACUUUUAGAUGAUUGAUUCACUUUUUGUUCCAUUACACCAGCCCCAUUUUCGGGGUUUGACUUAAUCCAUGUAUCAUGUGUGUACAUUUUAAGAUGACUCGUGCAUAUUGACAAUCUUUCAAAUUUAGUAAAAAAAAUCUUUACAGUUAUUAAACUCAUUAUAGUCUGUAAAAUCUAGAUUCGUACAAAACGUUUAAACCAUAUGUAUGAUAAUGGUUUAUAUCACGGAGGAGGAACUGUUACACGAAGGAUGGAGUUCUUAUGAUAUCAUUAUGGUAUCAUAAUAACUCCAUCCCUCGUGCAACAGUUCCUUCUUCGUGUGUAUCAUUCAUUCAACUGAUGGCAUUUGAAAGUUUAUAUCAUUACGAAAUAGAUAAUGUUGAAUAAUAACACAGUCACACGUCCAUUUUUGUAAUAGAAUUUUCAUGUAGGUUUUGAGUACUGCUCAAACAUUUGCUACGAAAUUUGACAGAUAUUGCACGUUUCAUUAUCUUUCAUGAAGAGACGCAUUCAAACAAACCAACAUUUGCAAUUUUCACCUACUUUAUGUUAGUAUUUCAUUGGUCUCGAGGGGCGUACUAUUUUCCAGAAUUCCAUAUGAUCUACGAGUUUCAUUUAACAUGUUAAAGGAAGUAUAUUAAAACUUUAAUGAAUCUAUCAAGGAAGCCUUCGUUUCGACCUGAAACUAACUGGCAGUGAGAAAGAUUGAAUUGGUCUUACUCUCUCACUGAAUUUAUCUUAUCAAGAGGAAUGUGCCUUUUGUAUAAAUUUUCUCUAAAUUAUCAUGUUUAUUGAUUAAAAUAUAAGUUCUACAUCAGCAUUUUUGAACAUUUUUCUGAAUUAAUCAAUUAACAACUGUUCGAUAAUUUUUAAUAUAAUUGUUCGAAAUGAUGUACUUUUGAAAAUAUAAUAGUAAAACGCUAUUGCUUCAUACAUAUAAACUUAUAUGAUUUCAAAACUUUUUUUCUUAAAUUGUAUGAUAAUAUGUCUAUAACUCUGAUUUUUUCGAUAACAAUCCUGUCAAUUUUAAUGUAAUUUUCAAUUUUAUCUGCUAUUGUUUUGUAUAGGAAAGAUACUUUCUUUCAUGAAUAUCCUUAAUCAAUGUAUUUAUUUCCUUUUGUAUUUUGACUCUCAGCAUAUUAACUUUACAAUGCAUAGCAUUCGAUAUCUCAAAUAUUCAGAUAAGGUUUCGAUUUAUUUUCUGUCAUGUAAUGAAAUUGAGUAAUUUAAAUAGAAAUCUGUUUGUUUGAUUGUUUUUUUUUAAUCUUAUAUUCAUAUACUUUGACAUAUUUACAUACGUAAGCUAUUUAUCAUUUUACAUAUUUUGACCUCAAUCUCGUUUGCGUUUUCUAAAUUUAUUGUAAUAUAUGUUCUCGUAUAAUUUAAUUUAAAUGUAUAUUUUAUAGACUAAGUGGUAAUGCAUUAUUCAUCAUAUAAACGGGUCAUUCUUGAACUCGAAAAUCCAGCUCAGUUCUUCGAUUUCAGAACAUACAAUACGUCAUUUUUUGUCAUCACACUCCGAUGCACUUAAGGUCAUGUCAAAAAACAAACGUGGCUACAAUAAUUGUAAGAUGCCUAUUAAAUCAAUGUCAUGACCAUGUUAAUAAUUAUGUUCUAUUUGUGUUACUAAUUUAUGAAUUUCUUUAGACCCUGAAAAUUUUUUAAUCAAUUUAUUUUUAUAACCAAAAGGUAAUUGUCAAUUUUGCGGGAUUGUAUGGUUUGACAGAAUAAUUAAAGAUCGUGUUAAAUAGAAUUAGUAAGAUUUUAUGUAAAGCUGGAUACUACGGUAUGGAAUAAAUGAUAUUGAAUGGCUAAGAUUUCUUUGCUCAUUGUGAUCAUUGUAUUUAGAAAAAACAAAAAGAGGAAAAGCUACGAUUUUAUAAACAUGUUUCCCAUGUCAAAUUUGGUAAAUUUAAAUGCAUAUAAUAUGUAGCUCAUAGCAUAUCCACUUGUACAUACUUUCAUAUUUAAUUCUUCACAUCUUUAUCAAUUAUCAUAUUUGUCAUGUUAUAUAGAGAACUUUACAACAUGUUUUGAAAAUAAAACAAAAUGUGAAAUAA